AUGGAACCCAGCACCACUGGAGACAGUACACACCCGCUUUUCCCGCUACACGCUCUGGUCCAUGUCAUGUACGGCUUCACCACCUCGACGAGUCUGGCAAGCCUCUCUGAUGUUUUCACCUACUACCCGUUGAACUACGAGGCUCUUGGAUUGCACGCGAUUUCAAAGCGCAUGCCUCGCGCUCUCGUGGCACCUCCGCUCUCCAAAUUGCAAGAUCAGCUUACAGACAGCUCGAUAGCAUUAGCAUGGGAGGCGUUCUUUCCACGAGGGAGCGUCAAUCCGAGCAACAAGAAUGCUCCAAUUGGCGGCUUUGGGUUUUAUCUUCACGGGCCUCCAGAAUUUGCCACCAUUAUCAAAGAUAUAAACACAGAAGGUCCGGGAGUGCUGGACGUGGUGAUGAGUUAUGAGGUCAUGUUCGAGGACGGGUUCGAAUGGGCAUUAGGAGGGAAGCUUCCUGGAAUAUAUGGCGGUGUAGGCGACAAAGCGUUCGGAUGUACUGGUGGCCGUAAACAAGAUCGUUGUCAAUGCUUCAAUCUGCGUCUCAUGUGGAGGGCCUCUGGACUCGGGGAGCUUUAUGCAUAUGUGCCGCCAUCUGCCUCCAACUCUGAGAGACUGUUAGCUACUCCGCCGGAUUCUCUACACAACCGGGACUUUGGUAUAUCAACAGGGCGCGGGGCGUGGAUGUUCGAGGCUGGGCGGUGGACGGCGAUUGCGCAGCGCGUGAGAAUGAAUACAGUCGGCAAGGAAGAUGGUGAAGUGGAGGUCUUCGUGGACGGGAAGUCGGUGAUACACGUUUGUGGGCUCGUACUGCGCACAGAGCCUGAAGGGCACAUUCAGGGACUGCAUCUCGAGACGUUCUUCGGAGGUGCCAAACCAGAGUGGGCAUCGCCGAGAGCCCAGAGCGCAUGGUUCCGCGGUAUCUCUGGCGCCAUUUUGCGUUCGGCCACGGACAGCCACAACAAGAAUGUGCGACAUGACGAGCUUUGA